AUGUACGGCACGAUUGAAAGUAUGCUUUACAGAGAAAUCCCAGAUGAUCAAAGACCAAGGAAAAGAAAAAGACAUGCAACCAAUGUGGAUCAUCUCAUUUCUUCUACAGAAAUGCCAACAGCUAUUGCAGAGGAUGAAGCAGAAGUAAUUGAUUUGUUACAAACACUAGAAAAAAUGCUGCAAGAAGAUAAUACUAAUGUUGAAGAUGAAGAAGAGGAAUUAAGUUUUCAGGCAUCUGAGUUAUUUGUGGACGACCUAUUCGAUUUGAAUAUAUUGACCACUAUACAUGAAGAAUCAAAUUGGCCUGAAGUUUCGCUUUCUCAGCAACAAGGCGAAGAAGAAAUCCAAGAAGAUAUCGAAAAUUUCACAUUCGCGGAUGUAUGUUCCAUAUAA